AUGUGGAUUUGCAAUUAUAUUUAUAUUUAUUCACCAAGGGACACUUUAUCUAGCUGGUCUUGGGAACCAUACAUCAUUCACCCAAGUGUUGUGUUACAAGGAGCAGAGAGUAAACGUCCAUCAGUGACCACGAAGUAUGGAAAGCUUCAUGGGAUAACAAUGCCAGUAAAGACAGACAGAACUGUCCACGCCUUUUAUGGAGUUCCAUACGCCAAAUCUCCGGUGGGUUCGUUACGGUUCGCAGCCCCAGAACUCCCUGAGGGCUGGGACUCAGUAAGGGAAGCUGCAGACCAUCCUCCCAUGUGUCUCCAGUCUUUAGAGUUAUUAGAGAAGACACACAAGCUGUUUGGAGCAUGGGCUAAAAUGAAUUUGCCACCAUUUUCUGAGGACUGCUUGUACCUCAACAUCUAUACUCCAGCAGACAAAGAAAAGCAAACUAGGCUACCGGUAAUGGUCUUUAUACACGGCGGAGCACUGUUAAUGGGCGGAGCAGCUUUUUAUGAUGGUUCUGCUUUAAGCACCUAUGAGCAUGUUGUAUUUGUGGCCAUUCAAUACCGGCUUGGAAUCCUGGGUUUCCUAAGCACUUGUGAUGGACAGGCAACUGGGAACUAUGGAUUCUUGGAUCAGGUUGCGGCUCUCCAGUGGAUUCAGGAGAACAUUGCGGAUUUUGGAGGGGAUCCCAACUCUGUAACCAUAUUUGGUGAAUCGGCUGGUGCAGUGAGUGUCUCUGCCCUGAUGGCCUCUCCCUUGUGUAAAGGCUUGUUCCAUGGUGCCAUUAUGGAGAGCGGUGUCACUCUAAUUCCUGGAGUGAUAGUAAACAAGACUGAAGACCUGCUUCACUUCAAAGAUUUGGUGGCCACCAUCUCUGGCUGUGAUUCUAUCUCCUUGGUGAAAUGUCUUAAGAAGAAAACCUCAGAUGAAAUCCUUUCGGUUAUGUCACAUAUGACUCUCCCGAAUCUACCAGUCUGUGUGGAUGGAGUCUUCCUAACCAAGACUCCUGAAGAUAUCCUCUCUACCAAACAAAUCCACAAUGUCCCCUUAAUCAUUGGAGUGAAUGAUCAGGAAUUUGGCUGGUUGCUCCCAAUGCUCCUUAAUGCCUCUGACAUAUUGGAGGAGAUGGAUAAAGAAACAGUGCAAGCAACACUAAGGAAUUUUCCACACCUGGGUAUCACCACCCACAUGAUCCCCUCAUUACUUGAUGAAUAUUUCGGGGACACAGAUGACCCUGCAGAGCUCAGAAACAGAUUCCUGGAUCUCUUUGGGGAUGUCUCUAUGGUUAUCCCAUCUCUUAGAGCAGCGAGAUAUCACCGAGAUUCAGGAUAUUCCGUCUUCUUCUAUGAGUUCCAGCACCGCCCGUCAAUAUUGAAGGAUUUAAGACCUGAUUUUGUGAAAUCUGACCAUGCAGAUGAGCUGAUGUUUGUGUUUGGAGGACCAUUUCUAAGUGAUGGCACAUUCUUCUCCUUGGGUGAUGUUUCCAAUGAAGAGAAAGCCCUCAGUAAAACAGUCAUGAAAUACUGGGCCAACUUUGCCCGCAAUGGGGAUCCCAAUGGGCCAGGUCUGGUUCACUGGCCACAUUUUGACCAUGAAGAAAGUUACUUGAAAAUUAAUGUAAAACCUCAAUCAGCUAAAAAUCUGAGGGAAGGAAAAGCUCUGUUCUGGACCAAAGUACUUUCAGAUAAAAUCCAAAAGAGACUAAGGGAAAAGAGGCACCACACAGAGCUAUAGAUGUCACCAAUGAUUUCAAAAAAGAAAAAAAAAAAAGAUUACAGAGAAGAUCCACAUGAAGAUUGUAUUUGCAAUAGUGCAGUCACUGCCCACCAUGGGCUUCACCAAUUUAUGAUUGUUGCAACACAAAACACACAUACCGGCCCCCUGUGCCCAAUGACAUAUUAUUAAAAGAAAUACAAGUACACAAAUUCUCUUUUAAAUUGAAGACAAUCAAAGCUUUAUUGAGGGAAAUAUAUAUAGCAGUGUUAGCCAGAAAAAUCCAUGCAGUUGUGAACACUUUUUUUUUUUUAUCAAAAUGACUAAAGUAUUUUAGGAGAGCUACCUUUAUUGGCAAA